AUGGACGAAGUUGUCUUUCUAGGCAUGAGCCGCGAGAACGGCUUCAACAAUACCAUUCAAACGGCUAGAAAGUCGUCCCUCCUUGCUGAGAUGGUCCGCCUGAAUCAUAUUUUGCAACAAAUCAACGAUUUCAACAUUCGAGUCGCUGAGUCCCAGCUCAAUUCCGUUGCUAUCUUCACCGACUUGGAAUAUCUUUCCUCCCAGCUUGACCGAUGGCUUGAUGAGCUACCGGACCAUAUACGUGAUACUCGCGAGAACUUGGAACGGUUUGCUGCCCUGGGGCUCGGUCGUGUGUUUUUGGCAAUCUACCUGGGAUACUAUCACUUCGGACAAAUGCUUUUCUACCGCUUUCUUCACGAAGACUCACAGUCGACCACUCCGCGCAGCCGGCACUAUGCCAAUAAGUGCAAGGACCACGCUGGUAGAUUAUGCGAUAUUGUCUACUCAUCGGAGACAGUACCUAACUGUGAUGUGAAAUAUAAUAUGGUAGGUCAUGUGCUCGUCAUCGCGUCAACAAUCCAGAUUCACAGCCUUUUAUUUGAAUCAAAUGAUACAAAUCUCGCUCUUGCAAAAGCGAGGCUGGAGAAGAACUUUUGUAUACUGACGGAACUCUGCGCCCUAUGGGCAACCAUGGACGUCUGCAUGGAUCGACUUAUGGCAUUUCACAAAGCGUGCAGAGAGUCGGCAGGUACAAGUUUCUGCAUGGAUCAAUGGAUGGUACGAUUCUUGGUGGAGUUUGCGAGUCCUGUUACGGAUAAAAGCUCUCAUUCUGGCGAUGGAGGUCGGUGGUCACUCGCGGAAUUGGGUAUCACUACCGUGUAG